AUGGUAAAUCAUCGUAAGAAAGCUGAUUUUUCUAGAGUUAAAGCGGAGCUAGUGGCGUGGCUGCCGGUGCUCCUCCAUGGAUUACGAAAAAGCAUUCUAGUUCGCCGCCGGCUCGCCUCGCCGUUCGCGCAACCGCCUCACCGGCAAGCCUGCGCCACCGCCACCGCAGCAGCAACUCAAGCCGGUCGCCGCACCCCUGCUGCUCGCUGCCGCCUUGCGUGCCGCCGCGCGCCUACCCGCGAGUCGCCGGUGACCCAGCGCCCAACGCCGCCCCGCAGCAGCCGAGCUAUCGCCCUGCUGCACCUUCACCUGCUGGUCACCGCAUCUGCUCCGCCUCACCCGCAAGCCCGCGUCGUCCACUGCGCCCGCAACCUCCUGCGACACCUGCUCGCUGUGCCAUCUCCACCCGUCAGUCGCACCGCCUCAGCCGCGAGCCCGCGCCGCCGUCCUCGAGUUCCAGACGCCGCCGUUUGCCUGUGCUUCCGUCUGUCCGCCACCGCUGCGAUCCCGCGCCCUCGCCGUGCAACAAGCAAUCAGCCUCACCGCGCCACAUCCGUGACCUGCAACCCGUCCGCUGCUGCUGCAUCGCCGCAUCUCUGCCCGGCGCCAGCAUCUCCUUCCAGCGAGCUCCGAGCGCACCACCGUCUUCGCCCGAGCGCUAGCAGCACCGUCCCGGACACCUGCAACCAGCAGCCACCUCUGCUCGUCGCCACCACCGCAGCAACCGUUGCAGCAGCCCACCUGAACGCCGUCGCUGCUGCUGCCCGCGCCGCUGCCUCUCAGUCCGCGACACCUGCAGCACCUUCGCCCAACGCCUGCACCCAUAGCCGUGCCUCUGCUCGCCCGUCACAGCUCCUGCCUCCGCCGUUGCCCGUGUCCUACACCGGCAACGCCACCCGCCUGCUCUGCCUUGACGUCAAGUUCCAGCUCUACAAGCCAUCCGUGAAAUCCCCAGCAAUAACGGCGAGCUGCUGUCCAAGCUUGAGCCUGACCAUUCUAAACUGAGAAGUUGUAGUACCGGCGAAUCACCGUUCUUCUGAAAUCCACCGACGUAGAGAAAAGGGGGCACAUAAAGAGCAAAUAAAAAAGGAACAAAAAGACCACUUUCUCUUUCUUUGCAGGACAUUCACAUUGACUGGUGAAGUCUGGCAGCUAGGCUUUCAACGAGGACUUUCCUUCCUCGUGAAUUUUGUGUUGCAGGUUAUCCCUUGUCUUUUGGAGAAAGACGUGAGAAGCCUUUCCUAAGUAUUGAUACCCUCGCCGCAUGACCAGCCGAGUUGCACUUAAUCCGCAUCUGUUGCCACGCUGCCCCUCCAGUCCGAGCUUGCCUUUGUCGCGAGCUGCAGGGUGAUUCUUCAGUUUCUUUUAAAUGUUUUUCAUGCAGGUUGAGCAUUCACGAGGGGAUAACAUAAUUCAAAAAGUUGAGCAGUGAAGAGAAGAGAGACACGUGGAGCAACACCUGGUGGGAUAUGUUGUUUUUGGUAGAGGCCAAACGAAAGUCACCCUGGCCAUUGACUUCAGCUUGCGUCCUCUGCCAAUGUCCGCGAGCUCCAUCUCCGCAAGUUCGCCCACACCGUGAGCCGUGUAGUCGCUGCCGUUCGUGAGUCCUUUGCAGCCGGGAAUAAUCUAAACUAGACAACGAAUGAAGACACUGAUAGUCCGAUGGAAUGUUCCUCAUCAAGCUCUCUUGGGUUGCUAAUUCAUUGGAGGCUUCAUAGCAACCUGAUACUGCACAUUCUGCAUUGUCGCAGCAUUUCCCUGCACCAUUUGCUAUCUUAAAAGUCCGCCAAGAGCAGUACCUUGUCCAAUCCCUCUCACUUGAGCAAUACUCCUUGCCCUCGUUGGAUUGGGUAUGAACCUAUUCCAUCGGAAGGAGACAUACUAUGAUACUAUCUAUGACGUAAGCCAAUCCCCAAAAUGAGUACUUGAGAAACCAGACAAGGUGACAAUUUUUUUUGUAAAAUGUGUUUGCAGUCGGCCUUCCGGUUGAAAAGCUCUAUACAUAGUGCUGAGGAGCACGUUGAAAUAGUAGCUGGACAAUCAGCGUACAUGUGUUACAUUAAUUUCAUUGGCUCACGUGGCUCUUAUCCAGUUAAUAUGGUGCCAAAUAGGCUGAGAGCCGCGUGCGUGUGCAAGAGAGAGAUGGCAACCACCGUAUUGCAGUCGACGAGAGGCCAUCCAUCUCACAUCGCGUAUCUCUUGUGGUGGCUGCGAUCACCUCACAGUGGUCAUCCUCUCACAUCUAGAUGGGAGCCUUCUUUCUCGGUGUAAUUUCCAUUGGUUGAAUUAAGAAAGCACAUAGUUUGGAAA